AUGAGCUCCUUUAAGCCUGGGUUUUGGGUUAUUCUGCUGUCCCCAACGCUGGGUAAACCGGUUGAGUUCCAAAAUCACUACGAAUGCUUUCUCCUAGUUGACAUUCUGAUCGACUUUGACAUCGGCGUCAUGCUUUUGCACCGACUCAGAAGAAUCGCGGGCAGGAGGCAUUAUCGCGUUGUGGUUGUGAUCGUCGGCGUGCUCGGGUUCAAUCCACACAAUGAUGACAACGUUGUCAACAAAGCAAUCUAUGAUCAACUGAUAAAACGGUACAUUGCCGAAAAUAACGAUUGGCCCUCUGAGCUACAGGAUGAAUUCAAGUCAGAAGACAAACUGCUUGAGUACAGAAUCUCAAAAAGCACAGGCUUUUGCUGUCUUCACAAAAUCAGCAGGUGGAUGGUUCGAGAGACAACGUGGGCACGCUUUUGGACUCUACGAGUGAUGUUUGGUCCAAUAGCUUGCGCAAAUCAAGGCUGGUUUGACGAGUUCUCAAGAGAAUAUCCGAUGGCGUUAGACGACGCUCCAGCAGGGAUAGUUCCAGCAAACUUCGCAGAGCUAUUUGCUUUGAGGGAGUGGACGCCAGAGGAGAGUCAAAUGGAGCGAUGGAUAUUUCACUCGACCAAUACAACCAGGUAUGGGAAACGAAAAGCAGUCAAGGUCAUGACCGUGGACAGAAAGAAGCCAAAGCUUAGAGCCUCCUCUUCCAUGGCCGCUUCCAACACCGACACUCGCACCAACAUCCCCACCGCGACAGCCAUUGCAGUUGAUCUUACGAUUCCCGUCAGAGAUAAGAGAGCAAAUGCAUCCUCGCAGGGCUCCGUUGUCCAUGGCAGGGUGCCUCAGACGGUCCAUCAACAGUGCAACCAGGAAUUCAGCGGCAGUAUCAAAAUCAUGGAAGAAGCUAUAGAGCGUUGCAGUGCGCUUCACCAAGCGCAGGCUGAAGCGCUGGAACUCCUUCGCAAUCAGCUGCAGCUUGUGAAAACCCAGUACAACGCCAAGGAAAAGCAGUUAGAGGAGCAUUUAGAUGAGGAGCAAGGGAAUAGAGAUGCUUUGGAAGACAGUGCUUCGAGAAUUGAGCGAGCCAUCAAGAGGGAAGACCGCUGA